UCUAAUGCAGCCGCACAUCUUUGCUUACACUUUUGCUUACUUUAAUUCAAACAUUUUCUUUGCUUUUUUUCAAAUUAAUUUUUCUGCCUACGUGCCUUGCGUUUGACCCGCACCAUGCCACUGUGAGGAAACAUGUAUUCAACUCUUAACUUCACAACUUGUGACGACUCCAACCUGUCAGGUGUUGACCCUCAGAGACUGCAGGAGCUGACGCACCGCUCCGUCAAAGUAAGCAUCAUUAUCGCUUUGGGCCUGAUGAUCACUCUGGGAAACAUUGCAGUUCUCCUGGUAAUUACUUCCUCCGUGGCUGGUUGGUCAAGAAACUCUCGGUACUUUCUGCUCUCUCUCACUGCUGCAGACUCUGCGUUUGGACUGCUGGUCAUGCCCUUGAAUCUGUGGGUGAGUCUGCUAAAGGACUACACUGAAGGGCCAGAUGCUUUUUGUCAUGUCGUGGCCUUUUGCAAUGCCACCGUCUACUCCACCUGCAUGUAUACACUGGCCACGAUCAGUCUGGAGAGGUACAUCGCUGUGUUUUACCCGCUGCAGUAUUCAUCUCUGAUGACAAGGAAAAGGACACUGCUCCUGAUUGCCUUCGCCUGGUGCUUCCCUCCCUGUCUACUGUCUCCAAUCUCAUUUCCAGGUGGCAUUAUCGAGGUUCAUUUUUCGACCGCGUCCCUGGUCUGCAACCCAGCCUACUCGACAAAUGUUGGAUACUCCCUGAGCUUGACUUGCUUUAUAUUUUUCCCCUGCUCCAUCAUUAUGACAUAUGCAAACCUGAGAGUGUGGUGCGCUGCAAAGAGACAGAGACUCAAACUGCGCAAGUACGACUGCGCGCGUCGGAACAGGCACAAUGUGGCAUCCAGAGUGCUUGUGCCUGUGAUGGCAGCUUACUACACGUGUUGGACACCCUGCAUGGCAGCUAUGAUCUACAAUGCAGUCUCAGGUAGCAACGUACCAGAGUGGAUUGAGUUUGUGGUGGUAUGGCUGCCGACCUCCAAUGGCUUCCUCAACUGCAUCUUCUACUUCUGGAUAAACCGAAGCUUCCGCAGGAAAUUCCGCCUUGUCCUCCAGAGGCUAGCUCUGACCCUUUGCCCCAAACUGGCUAACACCCUCGGGUGGUGCAGCCCUUCAAAGACACAAUUUGUGUCAGGAAUUAUGGAUAAUAACAACAGUGUCCAUGAACGUUCGUCCAGUGUAUCAUCCACCUGCACCCUGUUGUCUUUGGUUUAGGACGUCUGCACCUGAAGAGCACCACGGGCAUGGUAAAGGGCAUGUUCAGUGGCCUCUGUGCUGUUUGCUGCUCAACUGCGUUCAUGUUACUGACAUAUCCCUACACAAGGUAUCAAGAGAAAGGUAUAGGUUAUAAGGCUUGCAAUGAGAACGUGUUGCUGCUCAGACAGGCUACGAUGGCAAGCACUUGAAACAUCAUAAUUUGAGUUAUGUUGGUUAUAUUUUUCUUAUUUUAUCAAUUUGCAGUGUAAAAGUAGUGUUCAGUUGGAACGCAGUCUCACUUUAUAACUUAUUUGGAUUUUUUUUUUUUUUUGUUUUACUUAUGCACAGUCUUGCCAAGAUUUGAUUUCCUGUCAGAGACAGCCUCUUAAACCACCUUUUAGUUGUUUUAUAGUCAGCCAUCAACCUUAUCUGUCCCCCAGAAAUGCCUACAGCUCUAUAACCAUUCUUUUAAUAAUAUUGCAUAUUUAGACUUGUUGCUUAGGUCAACUUAUUUCCCUUCAGACAUUUGGGGUCAGCCGUUUACUUAAUCACAAGAAACUGAUAUUUAGACCUUUAUUCAUGUGAGACAUCUGUGACCUAACAUCACUAUCUGAUCAUCGCCACGAGCACUUUGAAGGAUUGAGGCCGACUACCUCGUCUUCAAUUUAAACUGUGCAUCGAAGACCUUGGCAUAUAACAGCUGGGGGAAGUUGACCUUUAAGUCACAGCAUUUGAGUGUAUGCAAGGAGAAAAGUAAUUAUGCAGCUACACUGUAGAAAGGUCACCACAUUUGUGCUAGCAAGAGAUAACUCUGGUAACUUCUGAGGCUGCGGUUGUUUAUUCUGAGAUAUUAAGUCCAUUAUCUUGUACUACGGUCUGAAUUCAACUUGACAGUGCCCCGUGUCAUCUUCGUCUGAAGAGUAUAGUUUUUAAAAAUAUUCAAUAUAUAUAGAUAUUCAGAAGCAUUUUACGCAGCUUAUUUUAGCCUUUGGGUUGCUGCUUGGUGUCACCAUCAUUCAGGUUUGUACAAAUGGCGUCACUCUACACACACUUGUAGAAAUUACUGACGUGUGUUAAGCAUCAGAGGGUGUGUACCUAAAUUCUGUUAAAACAAU